GGAGGCAGUGAAUGAGGUGAAUAGUGAAAGGAGGGGAGGUAGUGAAUGAGGUGAAUAGUGAAGGGAGGGGAGGUAGUGAAUGAGGUGAAUAGUGAAGGGACGGUAGAGAGUGAAAUAUGCCCGUAGUAGAAGGCAGAGAGAGCACUAUGUUAUGGAGUCUGAGUGAAAUCAGUGCGGUUCCUCCCUUCAGAAAACUCAGAACAGCAGAAACAGGUCCAGAAACAAAUUAAUUGCAGAACAGUGAGCCAAGUGCAAUAAAGAAGUGACUGGCCCAUUCCCAGGUAACUGAGGAGUUAGUUGUUUUUCUUUCUUUUUCUUUUUUUUUUCCUUUUUAGCACCAGGCCUACGGGGGUCUGGUACUGUGCUCCCCCUUUUCAGUAACUCCACCUCUAAUUUCUAAUCUUUAUACUGUGUCAGUUGUGUACUGUAUGUGAUUUGCAAGUCAAUGCAAACUCUCGAUUGGUAAUGGUUGCUAACAUUCACAGGAUGUAUCCGUCCUCAUUCAUUUACUAACACCCUAGUUGGUGGGCAUUUAGGUGGACAUUGUUUUGCUUACAUAGACCCAGCGGCCAUGAUAUUCCAGGUAGAAUUGAAGAACUGAACAGGCUUUUUUGUUUGUUGGGAGAUGAGGGAGUGGUGUUUGGGCCACACCUAGUGUUGGGGGCUGCUCCCUGGGUCUGUUUGAAGGACCAUAUGGCAACGGGGGUAAGCGAUUUAUCUCCCAAGCCCCAAGCUGGCCUUUUAAAGAUGGAUAAGAGUGGACCAGACAGACGAGAAAAGGGAGAGUAGAGGACAGUAGGGCCAAGUAGGGCACUUGGCCUACCCAGGUUCAAUCCGUGGUAUCCCAUAAGGUCCUGCCAGGGCUGAUCCCUGAGCGUAGAGCCAGAAAUAUGCCCUAAGCACCCGGGGUGUAGCCCAGCAUACAUACACACACAUACAUAGAGGGAAAUACAGGGAAGGACAUUGAGGGCAUUGCAGGUGGAGGCAGCAAAGGUGAUGACUCCCACAGGCCAGCUGCAGCAACCAAAGCAAUGUCUUACUACCUCAACUCCGAAAACCACCUAGACCCAGGACCCAUCUAUGUGAGAGAGAACGGGCAGUUGCACAUGGUCAAUCUGGCGCUGGACGGCGUCAGGAGUAGCCUGCAGAAGCCCAGGCCCUUCAGACUGUUCCCCAAGGGCUUCUCGGUGGAGCUCUGCAUGAACAGGGAAGAUGACACCGCCCAGAAGGAGAAGACGGACCACUUCAUCUUCACGUACACGCGGGAGGGGAACCUGCGCUACUCCGCCAAGUCGCUCUUCAGCCUGGUCCUGGGCUUCAUCUCUGACAACGUGGAUCACAUAGAUUCCCUCAUCGGCUUCCCCGAGCAGAUUGCCGAGAAGCUGUUCUCCGCUGCUGAAGCCCGGCAGAAGUUCACGGAGCCAGGUGCGGGGCUGAGGGCUUUGCAGAAAUUCACCGAGGCCUACGGGAGUCUGGUGCUGUGCUCCCUCUGCUUGCGAAACAGGUAUCUGGUGAUCUCAGAAAAACUGGAGGAGAUUAAGUCUUUCCGGGAGCUGACCUGCCUGGAUCUUUCCUGCUGUAAGCUUGGUGACGAGCACGAGCUUCUAGAACACCUCACCAACGAGGCCCUGUCGAGUGUAACUCAGCUCCACCUGAAGGAUAAUUGUUUAUCUGAUGCCGGGGUUCGGAAAAUGACAGCACCCGUUCGAGUCAUGAAAAGAGGCCUUGAAAAUCUAACGCUAUUAGACUUAUCUUGUAACCCUGAGAUCACAGAUGCAGGAAUCGGAUACCUUUUUUCUUUCCAAAAACUAAACUGCUUAGAUAUUUCUGGGACAGGGCUCAAGGAUGUCAAAGCCGUCAAGCACAAGCUCCAGACCCACAUAGGCCUCGUUCACUCCAAAGUGCCUCUGAAGGAGUUUGACCACAGUAACUGUAAGACGGAGGGCUGGGCUGACCAGAUCGUCCGGCAGUGGGAGCGGGUGACCUCCGAAGCUGUGAAGCCGCGAGAACCGUCGGAGGCUCGACAGGCGGCCCAGCACUUCUAUGGGAAGCGGGCUCGAACUGAAACCCCACUGAAGUGCCCCCUGGCAGACGGCCUCGUGGGCGCUGCCGAGAAGCUCCAGUUCUACAAGGAGAAGGCCCCGGACUGCCACGGGCCAGCGGCGAAACACGAAGGCGCCCCCGGCCAGGAGCCCACGAAGGGCAAGAAGAGAGCUUUCGAGGAGCCCGGGAAGGAGCAGAGUUGCUCCUCGCCGGCUUCCAAGCAGAAGUGUGUGUGUCUGAGCGUGGAGGACUGGGACUUGCUGAACUCCUACUGACGGGCAGGUCGAGGUCGACCUUUCUUCUCCCCGGCUCUAAGAGGGGACUGAUGGCGUUUUCCUUUUUGUUUGGAUUUACCUACGGCAUUAGCCUAGCAGAUAUUUCUACUUUUGUGGUGGGGGCGGGGGACGUAUGUAAUAAUUUCUGAUGUAUAUUUUCAAUACAUAGUAAUUUUUUCAAAUAAACAUUUUUGCUGUCCUUAAGUA